GGAAAAAGUAAAAGGUCUCGGGCGUUUCACAUUGAACAAACUAUGUUACGGGGCGUUAAAAAGGAAAUUCUGAGCUUGCUAUUAGUUACUGGAAAUUGGCUGUGGUAAAAUUUGCCAUGUAUGUUGCUUUGGAAGGAAUUUCGUUUUCGUGCGCAAAUCUUGCCCCUAUAAAUGACAUUUGAAAUACGGUUAUAAACGUCUACAUAAACAAGUGAUGAAGCAGACGAAACGUAAACAGCUGUAAGAAGAAAAUAACUCAAAGAGCAGUCAAAACAGUAGUGCUCUUUCGUAGUUUAAUGGUUUCGAGAAUGAGAUGAGUGUAGGGAUUAAUUUUGUAUAGUAUUGUUUAGAUCAUCCAAAGUUGUCAAUAACUACAGUGUACAUAGUAGUAUGGCUACUCUUGUAGCUUCAGCCUCCGCCGUUUCGAGUCAUGCUUCUGCUCAACCAGAGGAAAACAAUGUGUAUAAUGACUCUCUAUCUUUCUCUAAUAAUCAAGUUAUUGGGAAACGAAGAGUCAGCCAAGACCUCAAAGGCACUACCACAAUCAAUUCUACGGUUUCUUCACCCCCUCAUAGCUUCCCUGUGUUAGGUAAUGAAGUUGGUGAAUGGGUAUCUGAUCAGAACAAUCAAUUAGUUUUUGAAUAUAAUGGUGAAAUGUUUACUGCAACAAGCACAAACAGCGCAGCUGAGUAUGGUGUGACAAUGGAUUCCCCUUUGUUUGUUCCAAGACACACUCCAGCAGAGGAGAGACUGAAGCGCAGGUUGAGGUUCUUUUUCCUCAACCCAGUGCAAAAAUGGGCAGCCACAAGAAGGUUUCCAUUUAAACUGUUCACUCAAAUUAUCAAGAUUAUCUUUGUUACUGUGCAGUUGUGUUUAUUUGCAUCUUUUCGCGAUAGCCAUGUCUUUUAUGCCAGAAACACAGAGGUAGUGUUUUCACACAUUUUCUUGCAAGAGUGGGAUGUGACAAGAGAAGCCCCUCCUUAUCCUCCCUCUGCUGGACCAUUAGCAGUGUAUUCUAAAAAACAAUUUCACGAGUACUUGGACUUUGCGAUAGAUAAUUAUGUUAAUUUGGAAACCAGUUCAAUGGGUGCCUACUUUCACUUAAAGAAUUCCAAAGGUUCUUGGAUGACCUAUUGCCAAACUGAUUACAUCCAUAGCCAGUUUGAGCCACAGAGCAAUGAAUUUAAUUUUGAUAGUCACACCAAGCAAGAAUGCGUGGAAAUACCGAUCGAUGCAGAUAUGUCCUCUUUCAGCAGCGAAGAUUUCUUGCGACAAAAGAACAUAACUAUUAACGGCCUCUCCCUGGUGCAAGCUACUUUGUUGUUCUCCAUUAAAUCAAUCCAUUUUAAACCCAAUGGUCCACUUAAUGGUCCGGACUGCUACUCUUUCGAUCUUGCGCUGUUGUUCAACAAUCAAGGUGAAGACGGACAAUUAUUGGUCAGCCUGACUACAUCUGCGCAGCACCUUGAUUGUCAUGGAAAAGUUAAUCCUCCCGUCACUGAUGGACCAUCCAAGUCUUUCCGUAGCACUGUGAACAUCUUUGUCAUCUUCACGUGUGCCGCCUCCUUCUUUCUUUGUGCUAGGGCUGUCAUAAAGGCCCAGUUGUUGAAAUGGGAAACAAAUGAGUUUUUCAAACGCCGUUUUAAUCGCUGCAUGAGUAAGCAUGAUCGGCUUGAGUUUCUCAAUUUGUGGUAUGUCCUCAUCAUCAUCAAUGAUGUCUUGUUGGUUGGCGGAUCGAUCAUCAAAGAACUUAUGGAAAAUCAGCAUAUAGAAAAAGACAUGUGGGAUGUGUGCAGCGUCUUGUUAGGGACGGGCAACCUGUUUGUCUGGUUUGGAGUUUUACGCUACUUGGGUUUCUUCCGAACUUAUAACAUGUUGAUCGUGACGCUGAAGAAAGCCUUCCCCUCUGUGCUCCGGUUUCUGCUCUGCGCCAUGUUGAUCUAUGCCGGAUUCACUUUUUGUGGAUGGCUUAUUUUCGGCCCAUAUCAUUUCAAGUUUCAAACGAUAUCUUCCACCUCCGAAUGUCUGUUUUCGUUGGUCAACGGCGACGACAUGUUUGCCACGUUUGCAGGCAUGUCGGAAAGGUCGGCGCUAGUCUGGUGGUUCUCACGGCUCUACCUCUACUCUUUCAUCUCACUCUUUAUCUACGUGGUGCUUUCACUCUUCAUAGCCCUAAUUAUGGAUACAUAUGAGACCAUCAAGAUGUACUACACGGAUGGAUUCCCAAAGUCUGACCUUCGCCAGUUUAUCGCUAAUGACGACUGUGUCGACAAUUUGCCCGUUUACGAAUCGCAAGCCUGCUUUCCUCAACUCUGGUCAUUGCUGACCCGAAGAAGAUGUGGUUAUGAGGUGAUCAGCGAUGGUCAGAAAGACGAAGAAGCGGAAGAACGGCAACCCAUUUUAGCUUGAAAGCAUUGUAAUUUGAUUGAUCAGGUUGCUAGAUUGAUUCAUUUUCUUCAGGGCUACGGGGAAAAGAAAACGAUGGAAGCGAAAGAUAAAAUGUCUAUUAAAACAAAAUACGUAUCCACAAAUAUGGAAAAUUCUAAUUCGAAAUUUUUUUCCCCGGGGGACCAAUAAUUGAAAGCCGUAUGACAAGCAAGAUUCUAUACACAAUUUGCAUUUA